GAGGUGGGCAGCGGGCGCACGUGCGCCGACGGGGCCUGCAGCUGCGAGUGCGGCGCAGGGCUGUUCGUCGCGUGGGACAGCUGUCUCGUGUGGCUCACCCUUUUCAUCGUCAUCGCCAGAGGGUGGUUCAAAGGCGAGGUCACCAAGCGGACGUCCACGCUCGAGGUGGCGAUCGCCGAGUCGUUUGGCCCCCUGCUCAUCUACUUCGUGGGAGAGCCCAUACUCUUCAUGAAGAAUUUGAACGACUGGGCCCUCAACGCCGUCGUGUUCAUUGCGCCCCUGAGCGCCGUGGUGUUCACGGUCUCCGAGCAGGAGCAGAAGCACAUCAUCCGGCAGCUCCGGGCCGAGCAGAGGCUCCGGACGGAGAGCGACGGGGACGAGGCCCCUCUCGGCCAGUGCAGCGCCGGCCCCUCUCCUCGUGGCGCCGGAGGUACGCAGGUCGGCUAGACGUGAGGAUUUAUCCUUCGCCAGAGUGGCCUGGGGAGACA